CCGGCCCGUUUCUCCUCCGGCUACAAUUUUCGAGCUGGUUUUAGAGCUUUCAAAAAAAAAAGAGGAGGAGAAAUGGGGAGUGGGGAGAGGGACAUCGACGAUCUCCCGAAGAACGCGGCGAACUACACGGCCCUGACCCCGGUCUGGUUCCUGGACCGGGCCGCGCUGGUCCACCCGGACCGGCCAUCCGUAGUCCACGGCCCGGUCCGGUUCACCUGGGCCGAGACCUACCGCCGCUGCCGCCGCCUCGCCUCCGCCCUCGCCCGCCGUUCGAUCGGCCCCGGAUGUACGGUAGCUGUAAUUGCACCAAACAUUCCAGCAAUCUACGAAGCUCACUUCGGAGUUCCGAUGGCCGGAGCCGUCGUGAACUGCAUCAACAUUCGGCUGAACGCCACCACCGUCGCGUUCCUCCUCGACCACUCCCGCGCCCAAGUCGUAAUUGCCGACCAGGAAUUCUUUACUUUGGCCGAGGACUCGUUGAAGAUCGUUCGAGAAAAGAAUAAAGCGGCUUUCAGGCUGCCUCUUCUCGUCGUCGUAGGAGACCGCACCUGCGACCCAAAGUCGCUUCGCUACGCUGUAACCAAUGGAGCUAUUGAGUACGAGGAGUUCUUGGAAAGCGGAGAUCCCGAGUUCGUCUGGGAGCCUCCGAAGGACGAGUGGCAGAGCAUUUCUCUGGGCUAUACUUCGGGGACGACCUCGAAUCCGAAGGGCGUCGUUUUGCACCACAGAGGGGCUUAUGUUAUGUCGCUCAGCGGCGCGCUGGUGUGGGGGAUGAAUGAAGGGGCUGUGUACUUGUGGACUUUGCCGAUGUUCCAUUGCAAUGGAUGGUGCUAUGCUUGGACUCUCGCUGCUCUUUGCGGCACAAGCAUUUGCCUUCGCCAGGUAACUGCCAAAGCGAUCUUCUCUGCGAUCGCCACGCAAGGCGUGACGCACUUCUGCGCGGCGCCGGUAGUCCUCAACGCCAUCAUCAAUGCGCCGCCGUCUGACGUCAUCCUCCCCCUCCCCCGCAUCAUCGACGUCAUGACCGCGGGCGCUGCCCCGCCGCCUUCCGUGCUUGCCGCCAUGUCCCGCCUCGGCUUCCGGGUCACCCACACCUACGGCCUGUCUGAGACGUACGGCCCGUCCACCGUGUGCGUGUGGAAGCCCGAGUGGGACGGCCUCCCGGCAGACGAGCGUGCCUGCCUCCACGCGCGCCAAGGCGUCCGGUACGUCGGGCUGGAGGGCCUCGACGUCGUCAACCGGCAGACUAUGGCGCCCGUGCCGGCGGACGGCACCACGCUGGGGGAGAUAGUCAUGAGGGGGAAUGCAGUCAUGAAGGGCUAUCUCAAGAAUCCAAAGGCCAAUGAAGAGGCCUUCGCAAACGGAUGGUACCAUUCUGGUGACUUGGGAGUGAAGCACCCGGACGGGUACAUAGAAAUCAAGGACCGGGCGAAGGACAUCAUCAUCUCGGGGGGCGAGAACAUCAGCAGCUUGGAGGUGGAGAAGGCGGUGUACAUGCACCCGGCGGUGCUGGAGGCGUCGGUGGUUGCGCGGGACGACGAGCAGUGGGGGGAGUCGCCGUGCGCGUUCGUGACGCUCAAGGACGAGGUGGAGGACCGGUCCAAUGAGGCACGGCUGGCGGAGGACAUAAUGCAGUUCUGCCGUGAGAAGCUGCCGGCAUACUGGGUUCCGAAAUCGGUGGUUUUCGGGCCGCUGCCGAAGACGGCGACAGGGAAGAUCAAGAAGCACGAGCUCAGGGCCAAGGCCAAAGAACUGGGCCCUGUGAGGAAGAGCAGGUUGUGAGUCUAUGCGGGUUGAUGUAUGUGGGGAUUUUUGGAUUACUUUGCAGAAGCAUGUUUAGGAUUGUGGAAUAAGCUCUUUGUAUUAUUAAAAGGCCUAAUUUUGUUGAAUAUC